GGAAUGUUUGCAGAAAGUAGAGCCUGGCUCAUCCCAGCCUUCCCCUAUCCUUUGAAUACGCGCAACUGAUUUAGUAUGUCUGGUGGUGGCAGCGAUUAUAUCGAGGAGAAUAGCCCUGGUAUAGUGUAUGGCCCUUCCAUCCCUUGGGUUGGGUCUCUCCCCUCUUCUGUUGUCUGUCAUGGGACCUUUUUGGUGCUUGCCCGGUGACUAUUACGCAAGUAGAGAAAGAGGGAGGUUUAGCACACUUCUCACGGGCGGGUCAAACUCCUUUCUUCCUUUUCUUCUACUUUUCCUGCUUUCUUUCCGCUCAACAACUUUCUUUUCAUAUAUCAUGGCCGAAACCUGCCCAUCACUGCCUGUGAUACCCCACUCAUUCAAGAAAUCGACUCGUCCACUGCCGCAUAUCUUUCGAUUACCGAACGAAAUCCUCGAGGUCAUCAUCCUCACCACGUCCCGAGUCCAACGAGACGACGACCGCCAAUUUCUUGGAUGGCAAUACCCGGAGCACCAGCACACGCAAGUUAAACGCAUAGCACUCGCCUGCCGUCGUUUCUAUGCGCUCUGUGUGCCUUACUUGUGGCGGGACAAGGAAUUCAUACUACCCAGAGAGGACGACGAGACCAUCACUGCUGGUUCAAAAGUCCAGCUGGCGACCGACAUUCUAUCUCGACAGACUACACAGCACUAUCAUAUCAACAACAGCAGCAGCACGAAUAGUGCAAUGAUGAUACCGAAAAGACACUUUGGGUCAUAUGUACGUUCAUUGUGUCGGGACUUGACAAACGGACCGCAUUACGACAUGAGCAAUUCGAGGUUGAUGGCCCAGCUCGUGUGUAACCUCAGGGCCCUGCGGAUCGAUUUCCACCCAAAAGCCAGGGCCGAGCAAUACGGCCUGACUUUCUUUGUCCAGUCCUGCCCUGCGCUAGAGGAACUCUAUCUCGAAAACUGCCGCGACACUUAUGAUGAUUUCUCAUCGUUACUGCAAUACAACCGGCCACUAAAGUCACUGACGCUGUUAUGCUGCACCAUCAAAGAAAAUACGUUGACGAAACUGGUUGAGCUCAACAAAAAGACCUUGCGCAGACUUAUGUUACAACGCGUUUUGCUCGAGAAGGAGAAUCAAUCGCAACAACAACAGAUCAAAAACAUGACCACAGCCAGCAUCGUGCCCCUAAUACCCAUACCACAUACCGCGUACGACCAUCUCUUCCACCAUCAACAGCUCACACACCUCGCUUUGUCCGAUGCGCUCUGCUACACGAUGCUCAGUCGGAUAGUCACUGGUUCACCCAACCUGUUGAAACUCGCCAUCAUUGUCAAAGAAUCGGAUCCAGUCUUGUCAGCCCGAUGCAUCCUCUUGAUUGCCCAGCUGCGGCGGCUGCGCAUCCUCUCACUCGCUUUUCGAUCCGUCCAUCCACUUUCCACCGACUAUGAGCGCCUGCCGUGCCGCGCACCCUCUCAGGCAUGGUCGUAUUUUGCACAGCACAUGGCGCAUCUGCGCCUCAUCCACGUAUCCGCAUCCCAACUGCUGCUCACGCACGACUUUUUGUCAACGUUGUUUCAUCAAGCGUCCCGGUUAUCCCAAGUGAUGCUGCAUCAUGUUACCCAUGUCAAACCCAUGUCUUUUGAUGAGUGGACAGACCAUAAGAUUUUGGAUGCUUAUCGCAGGGAGCUUGCCAGCGCCCAAAACACCAUGGAUGCGUGGAGACUACAAUCACAUGCAGCAGCAGGAGAAGAACAGGAGGAGUGGCAACGGUAUUUUUUUACAUACGAGGAAACGCAAGAAAAGGGAUUCCAGUGUUUUGAGCAGGAAGACCAUGUCUGUUUUGUGAAAGGAUUUGAAGACUGGUGCGAAAGCAGCAGCAGCAGUAGUUGUAGUAGCAGCAACAAUAAUAAUAAUAGUGAGCCGUAAAUAAAGAAAAGCCCUAGUAUCAAGGGAAAAGGAAG